GUCUUUUGUGUAACAGUUGAACUGUAUUUUUCAUCUGUGAUGUCUUUGAUGGCUCUCUAGUAAAAGGGUUUCAGAAAUACAGAGAUGAGGAUGCAGCCUUUGCUCUUGGUGUUGUUGGUGUGUGUGUUCUGGCAGCACGGCAGCUCCUCCCUCAUGCCAGCUGAAUGCCAAGACGCCGCUGUGGUGAAGGCAGCGGAGGAGACCUUAGAGCAGAUCAACGCAGACCGGCAGGAAGGGUAUGUCCUCUCACUCAACCGACUUUAUGAUGUCAAACAGGACAUAAAGGCGGAAGGUGUGAGACAUUUACAGCUGACGAUAGAUGUACUGGAAACAGAGUGUCAUGUGAUCAGCCGGAGAAAAUGGAAAUCCUGUGCUGUUAAGGGGAUUGGUAAUCUGCCGGUGUUUGGGACGUGUGAUGCAUCGGUUUCCCUUCAGAGCUCCAUCAAAGUUCAGAAUUACAACUGCACCAUCCAACAAGUGGCAGCUCGAGCUAUAGUAAACACUUGCCCUGACUGUCCAACUGCAGAACACUUAGAUGAUCCAGUUAUAUCUGAGACCACAAAGCUGGCCCUGCAGAAAUUUAACAAAGAGAAUGCUUUCCCACAUUUCUUUGCUCUUCUGAAUAUAACAGCAGCCAGCAUGCAGUGGGUUGUGGGUCCAUCUUACUUUGUGGAGUUCACCAUUCAAGAUACUGACUGCAAGAAAAGCACUGCUGAUAUUGAGCUCACGCAAUGCAAGCUGAAGGACUCGGAGUCAGCUCACAAGGGGUUUUGCACUGGUUCACACAUCAAUGCUGAUCACGGGCUGGAGAUUAAAGUUCCAGUUGAGGUCAAAUGUGAAAUAUUUCAACCAAUGGCUGUUCCACAAGGACCUUUAGGAUCAGUACAUGUUCUCUCUCCUCCACCCAUCCAAACUGCCCCCAGAGUCCAGCCCAUGGCCAGCAGCUGCCCGGGGGAGAGACGACACAACCUUGGAUUGACAGAGCUGAAUUUCUGAUUGAAAUCACUUAAAACCCGGCCAUCCAUAAACAAGCACUCGAAUUUCCCAAAAGACAAAUGUGGUCUGUGCUCUCAUUUUCAGAUUGAGAUUUUUCAAGUAUAUAGGUUUUUCGCCUAGGCACAGUAACAUAUCAAUAAAGAAAUUCUUAACAGAAGCACAGAAUUUCAGAAAACCUUAAAAAAAUGCCAGAGUCAUA